CCAGCUUUCAGUUCUUUCCCUCCACGUUCCCUCCACAUUUCCUUCGUCUUUUCCUUUGUUUGCUUCGCGCGCACGGCGCCUCGGGACUCAGACUACCCCCGGGUUCUCUCUGGGCCAAAAGUAGUCCGAUGAGCAUCCUCACCUGCUGCGUGCCGCCGUCCAGCAGCCUCCCGCCUGUACGCUCUCUGCGCACCGUGUCCGAGGACACCAUCGCAAGUGCACUCCACAGCCUCCAGGCGCUCUACUGUCCGCUGCGCCUUCCCGCCACUCUCGGGAAAGAGAAGGAAGCAGCGAACGCGCCCGUUGAUUCCGGCUACGUUUCAGAAGAUGAAGACGAGGUAGCUCCCCUCCAGCGCCGGUAUUCCACUACCGAAGAUGCCUUUGCUGCUCUUCGUGCCGACCCCUACGAAAAGGACUUCACGGUGCGGUGGCUCACGAGGCUAAUCGCACGCGCCUCAGAGCUGCCCUUCGACAGCGAGGAGGCGAGAGAGAAAGCCGUUGAUGACGCUGCUUUCAUUCUCAGCUCAUUCAGCGACUCGCCCGCCACCGAAGAAGAUGAGGCGCUGACUCGCGACUUUGCGUUCCAAACUUCGCACGGGUCGGAUGUGGCUAUCCAGAUUAAUGAUGCACCCUUGACAGGUACUGACCACACUGACGUCGGCCUGCAAAGCUGGGGCGCUAGCAUCGUGUUUUCGGAAUUAAUGUGCAAGUACCCCGAACGUUUUGGGUUGGACCAACUGCCUAGAGAUGCUAGUAUCAUCGAACUAGGUGCUGGAACGGCCUUGAUAAGUCUGACGCUGGGCAAGCUGCUUCCCUCCAUGGGUGCGAAGGCGCAGAUCCGGGCGACCGAUUACCAUACCGCCGUCCUUGAGAAUGCACGCACAAACAUUUCCACGAACUUCGGCACCUGUAACACACCUGUCGAUGCAAUGGCGCUGGAUUGGGCGACUCCACCACCAGCAUUAGCAGCAUCUGCAAACAUGCUCUUUGCGGCGGAUGUAGUGUAUGCCCCGGAACAUGCGGCAUGGCUGAGGGACUGUGCUGCGCAUCUCCUUGCCCCUGGAGGAACAUUUUGGCUGGUGGUGACGGUGCGGAGCCAUGGGAAAUUCAACGGUAUUCCGGACACUGCGGAGACUGCGUUCGAAGACUUCGAGAGUACGAGAAAGGCUGGAAUGGCGUUGCGCAUAAUAAGCAAGGAGAUGUUGGAAAAGAAGAGGGGGGUCGGCAGAGGGGAUGAAAAUGGAUACAUGCUAUUCAAGAUUGGUUGGAUGGACGCUUGAAACAAGAAGAAGAGGUUCUGUCCUCGACAAAGAUACCCUAGACACUAAGAGUUAGAGCUCAUAGACAUAGACACACGCGAACGGAUUCAAUGAUACACCACCAUCGACGUCGAUGGUCAUUUGAUGCUGUUUCCACGACUCGCACUCGUACACAUGAAUCCGUGCAAUCCGGUGUCAGACCAUUGGGAUUGUAAGGCUGAGGUCAAUAUUUCCUUGAAUGAUCAGAUACCGGUGACGUGAAUCCCGAUGACACCCUUUCAACGCAGUGUACAUACUCCCGCGAUACAAAACAUGAGCAAUCAAGGGUGACUUUCCCGCAGUUUAGUCGUAACGAGAGUAGGUGCGAAGUGCUCCGUGGAACGGUAAAGAUUCAACCCCGCUAUCUACCGGCGCU